UACCAUGACGUACGGAUCUAGUAGGUGAGCGGGAGUAACACAGAUCGAAAACUAUAAAUAGUUGACGCCGGCCGCCAGUGUUUUGUUUAAUCCGCGCGUCUUACGAAUCAGUGAUUUGUUAGAAACAAUUUUCCGAUCAUGGCAAUCACAGAUAAAUUGGUUAUGGUGGUAUUGAUAUCAUCAAUGGUUACCGCAAGAACCAUCAGGAAUACACAAGAGAUUCAGUUAGAACCACGAGUCUAUCCAGUUUUCACACAAGACGAUACUUAUGCAGCAGCCUCCACCAUUCAAGAACUACCCAGAAUUCCUCAUGCAGCUGUCCCUUUCAACGUUCCAGAACCAAGCGGCGAGCUUAGACCACCACAGGCAAACUCUCCCGUCACUUUCUUGGAGUUAGCAGCACCAGCAACAGAUCUUACAGCACCGUCCGAGACCCUCUGGAAUCCAGAAAAUAACCCCGUAUUCUUCUACGAACUUCCAGCUUCCUUAACAAAAUUGGAUACUCCGACGAAUAAGUUCCCCAAGAAGUACAACAAAGAUAUUCACUCCAAAGACAAAGCUCUCUCUUCUCAGCCUAAGAUAGAAAUUGAGCUCGUGCCCAUCGAGGAAAGGGAACUUGUUUACAAACAGAAGGACUUGGACAAAAAAUUCGACCAGUUGGCCAAAUUGGAGAACCAGAAGGACUUGGAAAACUUGAAGGCACUUUCGAAUCAUAAAGACGACUCCUUACAAGCUGCGACAGGCUACACUGACUACAACGAGGACGAUGAAGACGCUGUCCAAUCAGCUUCGGAAGACGGAUACUCUAGGGGUCUCAGCCAGCAAUUGAUCUCUGCUAUGGGCAUACCCCAUCAUGACAGUACACGAGACAGACUUACAUUUCACGUUGUUGGACAUGAUGGACCUCAUACUUACAAAUGGGGUUAUGAUACUGGCAAAGGGUCUCAAAGGCACAACAGGAUGUUUAGAUUCGAGGAGAAGGAUAAAUCCGGUAUAGUUAAGGGCCACUACGGUUUUUACGAUAAGCAUGGUAAACUUCGAGUAGUUAACUACGAUGCCCAUCCACACGAAGGUUUUCAUGCAGAAUCAAGUACGGACCACAAUGACAACUGAUGUGGAUUUAUAUUGAAAGCAUGUCGCUGAACGGUACUUGCUCAAAUACUGUGAAAGGUUUGAUUCGAGGAGUCGAUAAAGUAUAGUUUGGAUAUACUCGGUGUGAACAUUCUCGAAAAAAUUGAACUCUAUUGUGAUUGUGGUCUCAGAUAGCAUGUCUAUAUUACCUCUCUACCAAAUAGAACUAAAAACUAUAUAUUUUGUACUAUGUACUCUACUGAAAUAAAAUUUAGAAUAAG